AUCGAAAGCCUUUUCUUCAUUCAGUCACUCUCAACGCACGCAGCACAGUGGGUGGGAGGAAAAAUCUCGUUGUCGGGCGGAACGGAGCACGGACCACAACAACAAUUGGCUAAAAAGGAAGGCUAGUAAGGCAUCCGGCUAACAAACUACCGAAAAUCUCGCGAUUUCUUCAGCGACAGGCCCGCAACAGCGACGUGUAUAUCUAGUAUACAUCAUCAUGUUAUUUAUGUGUCACCAAAGGGUUAUGAAGAAGGAGGCCGAGGAGAAGCUUAAAGCCGAGGAGCUCCGUAGGGCACGAGCCGCUUCUGAAAUUCCCAUCAUCUGGAUCUUGGGUGGACCCGGCUGCGGCAAGGGCACUCAGUGCGCCAAAAUUGUGGAAAAAUACGGAUUCACACAUCUGAGUAGCGGUGAUUUGCUGCGCAAUGAGGUGGCCUCUGGAUCGGACAAGGGUCGUCAUCUGCAGGAGAUUAUGUCUACCGGUGGCUUGGUGUCCAAUGAUGAAGUGCUGUCGCUGCUGAAUGAUGCCAUCGCUCGCGCCAAGGGAAACUCAAAGGGAUUCCUGAUCGACGGAUAUCCUCGGGAGAAGAACCAGGGCGUUGAGUUCGAGCUCCGUGUUGCUCCUGCCGACUUGGCUUUAUACUUUGAAUGUUCCGAGGACACGAUGGUGCAGCGUAUUCUGGCACGUGCUGCUGCUUCCCCUGUAAAACGUGAAGAUGACAAUGAGAAGACCAUCAGGGCUCGCCUGCAGACCUUCAGGCAGAACACCAAUGCCAUUCUGGAUCUUUACGAAGCCAAGACCCUGACGAUCAAUGCCGAGCGUGAUGUGGAUGAUAUCUUUUUGGAAGUCGUCCAGGCCAUUGACUGUGUGCUGAAGAAGAAGCAGCAGAAAGCCGCCGGCCAGUGCUAGUGAAAUGGGAAACCAUUCGGAAACCGGUACCAAAGUUAGAGACGCAAGCAAAAUUUUUAAUGCACUUUUUUAGCGCGAAUCUCACAAUCUCAAAGCUGAGCACAAAUGAAAGCGAAACACCAAAUAAAUUAGUCUAAAUCUAUAUUAUGUUACCAUAUUUAAUGGCAUUAUCCUUCAAUCAAUUGCAAGCAAUAAUUGAUGUGGUGCUUUUAAUAAAUUUACACACUUAAAUGGAA